UGCGCUCAGAGCGGUGCAGACGCUACCAGCCCUCUCGUCGCUAAAGCACCGUGUCUGGUUUAGCCUACUGGAGAUUUUGACUCACGUUUUACAUAAGAACGUCUUUUUCUGCCGCAAGUGUAUGGAUACAAUACAACUUUUCUGAUGGUGAUUUAAGGGGGAGAUUCCGGCGCCGAACCGCUUUUUCGAACCCUGCUUAAAUCUUCAGCUGACAGCAUCAUCCAUUUUGAGUGGCAACGAGGAAGAGUCACACGGCUGAAGCCAUGCCCUGCGUUCAGGCUCAGUAUGGUUCAUCGCCGCAAGGAGCCAGUCCUGCUUCCCAAAGCUACAGCUACCACACCAGCGGAGAGUACAGCUGUGACUUCCUAACGCCCGAGUUUGUAAAGUUUAGCAUGGACUUGACUAACACCGAAAUAACCGCCGCCACGACUUCGCUGCCCAGUUUCAGUACAUUUAUGGACAACUACAACACCAGUUACGACGUUAAGCCUCCCUGUCUCUACCAAGUGCCCCACUCCGGUGAACAGUCCUCUAUCAAAGUUGAGGACGUCCCGAUGCACAGUUACCAUCAGCAGAGUCAUCUGGGCCCACAGUCAGAGGAGAUGAUGGCUCACUCUGGGCCCAUGUACUUCAAGCCCUCCUCUCCUCACGCUCCGAGCACCCCUAACUUCCAGGUUCAGCCCAACCACAUGUGGGAAGACCCAGGCUCUCUUCACAGUUUCCAUCCGAACUACGUGGCCGCUACCUCUCACAUGAUAGAGCAGCGCAAGAACCCAGUGUCCAGGCUGUCGUUAUUCUCCUUUAAACAGUCACCCCCUGGUACACCUGUUUCGAGCUGCCAAAUGCGGUUCGAUGGCCCUCUGCACGUGUCUAUGAGCCACGACAGCCCCGGAGCUCACCGGGCACUGGACAGCCAGAGUUUCGCAGUUCCCAGUGCUAUACGGAAACAGGCGGGCAUAGCGUUUCCUCAUUCACUUCAGCUAGGCCACGGUCACCAACUCCUCGACAGUCAGAUUCCGUCGCCCCCGUCCAGAGGCUCUCCGUCCAAUGAGGGUAUGUGCGCUGUGUGUGGAGACAAUGCAGCGUGCCAACAUUACGGAGUUCGAACCUGCGAAGGAUGCAAAGGAUUUUUCAAGCGCACUGUGCAGAAGAAUGCAAAAUACGUGUGUCUGGCGAACAAAAACUGUCCUGUUGAUAAGCGCCGCAGAAACAGGUGCCAAUACUGUCGCUUCCAAAAGUGCCUUGUUGUCGGGAUGGUUAAAGAAGUUGUUCGGACUGCCAGUCUAAAGGGUCGAAGAGGCCGUUUACCCUCCAAACCUAAAAGCCCACAGGAGCCAGCGCCCCCCCCCUCCUCGCCGGUCAGCCUCCUCAGCGCACUGGUCAGAGCACAUGUGGACUCCAACCCCAAUAUGUCUGGCCUGGAUUACUCUAGAUUCCACGCCAACCCAGACUACCAGCUGACUGGAGACGACACGCAGCAUAUCCAACAAUUCUACGACCUCCUGACGGGCUCCAUGGAGAUCAUCCGGGGCUGGGCUGAAAAGAUCCCCAGCUUUGCGGACCUCCCCAAGCAGGACCAGGACCUCCUGUUUGAAUCAGCUUUCCUGGAGCUUUUUGUUCUGCGUCUAGCGUACAGGUCCAACCCAAUGGAAGGCAAACUCAUCUUCUGCAAUGGGGUGGUUUUGCACAGGCUGCAGUGCGUACGCGGCUUUGGCGAGUGGAUUGAUGCGAUUGUGGAGUUUUCCUCCAAUCUUCAGAGUAUGAACAUAGACAUAUCUGCGUUCUCCUGCAUCGCUGCCCUUGCUAUGGUAACAGAGAGACAUGGUCUUAAGGAACCGAAGAAAGUGGAGGAACUCCAAAACAAGAUAGUAAACUGUCUUAAAGACCAAGUCACGUUUAAUGGCGCCGGCCUGAAUCGUCCGAACUACUUGUCAAAACUUUUGGGAAAGCUCCCGGAACUUCGCACACUGUGCACGCAAGGUCUCCAGCGCAUCUUUUAUUUAAAACUUGAAGACUUGGUUCCUCCACCUGCAAUAAUUGACAAACUUUUUCUUGACACUCUACCAUUUUAAAGCGACAGAGACUAUUUCACACGACCUCAAAGAACUUCCAUAGACUCUUUUAGAGUCAGCGUGCUCCUGAAAUUUGUUUAUAUUUUCACGAAAAACAUCAAGCGCCGGCAAGUGGCAUUUUGCAAUCCAUGUUCGGAUUCAUAAAAACCAAACCAAACGUGAGGAAGGGACAAAGAUAGUCUUCAACAAGUGAUGCAUUUCCUUUUAAUUUAACCCUCUAAAUAUUACAAGAAAACAACGACCCGUCAACGGUUCUAGUUUGCUUAAUUUUGCUCGGACAGCUCUUAAAGUGAAAACAUCUCAAGUUUUAUUGCUCAUUAUUGACCCCAAAAAGCUAAAGCAUUGGAAACCACACAGUAAAUGUAUUAUAAUCCAUUUAUAUAUACAUAUACGAUAGAUUUAUGUGACGCGUCACACAGCGCGAAUUUAUAAGUGUAUAAAGAGAACAACUCGUUUUCUUUCUUUUAUAACUUGUGCCUGUGUAUUUCUGUCAGGAUCAAAGAGGACUCAAUUGAAAAAGGCAACGCAUGUUGUAGAGGACUAUAGGCACUUGCUAUCGAGGUGAUGUCGAUAU